AACAUCAACGUAAAAACAAGAUUUGGUUGGUUGGUUGGUGUUGUUUCAUCCUGAAUUUUCUCUCUCUUUGAUGAAGAAAAUGGCUUCUAACAUUGGCCCCCUUUCAUUCCUCUUCAUGGUCAUGUUCUUCUCUUCAUAUGUUCAUGUUGGUCUGAGUCAAACUUCCCUUGACCAGCUCCUACCUGGUCUAGGGGAAGGUAACUUUCUACAGAAUGCACAAUGCAUGCAAAAGCUGGUUCCAUGCCAAACAUACUUGAAGUCUCAAACCGACCCUCCUCCUGAGACUUGCUGUGCACCCUUGAAAGAGAUGCAUGACAAUAAAUCACCGUGCCUCUGCAAUAUCGUUAACAAGCCUUCUCUGCUGCAAUCUGUUGGUGUUUCCAAGGAUGACCUCUUGAAGCUCCCUCAAGCUUGCAGCAUUGAGGCUGACUUUUCUAGCUGCAACGACACAGGAGGAUCUCAAGGUGAAGAUUCUGUACCUGAUAAAGACAUAGCUGAAACAAGUUCAACAAAAACUAUUACUCCAUAUGGAAUCACUUCUCUUGGUGUAACUGGCUUUGUUGCAUUGUUCACUGCACUAGUAUUUUCUUCAUACUAGGCAUCUGUGCUUUUUCAUGCCAUGAAUACCAAAUGAAUAAAGAACAUUUUCCCAGAACUCUCCAUAGUGCA